GGCAACCCUGCCCGCGAGUCACACGUGACGUAUUAAGAUUGAGCGGGUAGAAUGAUCAAACCUACUGCUGCUGUAGUUGUGUGUUGUGUGUCUGUAAAUUCAGUUGUCAAACCUCGACAGUAACUAUACAUUCAGUGUGUGUUCAGUAUGCAGAGGAUCAGUCGCCUGAAGCGCGAGCUGCAGCUCCUCAGUGCUGAACCUCCACCCGGAGUAUCGUGCUGGCAGGUGGAGGGUCGGCUGGAUGAACUACAAGCUCAGAUUGUCGGACUUUCAAGCACUCCAUAUGAAGGUGGGGUGUUUACACUGGAAAUCAAGAUACCAGAGAGGUAUCCAUUUGAGCCCCCGAAGAUGCGUUUCCUUACACCCAUCUAUCACCCUAACAUCGAUAAUGCAGGACGCAUUUGUCUGGAUGCUCUGAAGUUGCCCCCAAAGGGAGCUUGGAGACCCUCACUCAACAUUUCAACAGUGCUGACCUCCAUACAGUUACUCAUGGCUGAACCCAACCCUGAUGACCCACUCAUGGCAGAUAUCUCUUCUGAAUUUAAAUACAACAAACCACUGUAUCUUGAGAAGGCAAAGAAAUGGACAACUGAACAUGCAAUCCAGAAAAACAAGGGAUAUGAGACCGAAGAAAAGAGCUCUCUUGAGAAUAAAAAUAAGAAAACUGCACACAAAAGAGAAGCACUUAGUGCACAGGAGAAUUUAGAGCAAUCUAAGAAAGCAUGUAUGUAGUGUACUUUACAAUAGCUUGUAUUGAUUGUUGAUUUUAUAUUUGAUUUUUGUUUAUAUACAUAUAGUAUUUCUGUUCUGUUCUGUUCUGUUUUGUUUGUUUAUUGUUGUUAUGAAUGUAAUAAAAUGUAUUUGAUUCACUA